GCGCCCGCCUCCACGUCUUGGCCCCGCAAUCGGCAUUCACCUCAUGAUGCAGCGCCAAGUCCUUAUACCACCCGACAAACUCACAUAACGCCUUCGUCCAACAUGAUAACAGGCAUUCACCACAUCAACCUGGUGGUACCGCCCUCGACCCUCCACCUCGCCAACGAAUUCUACUCUCAAACCCUCGGCCUGAUACCACGCUCCGUACCCCAUCUCCAGCGUGAAACACUCGCGUGGUUCGACAUCGGCACAUCAGGCCAGCAAGUGCACGUCGCGAUCGGCAAGCCCGAGGACUUUGCUCACCAUUCCUCACGCCAUCUCUGUUUCCGGGUUGGCAGCGUAGAAGCGCUGAACGAGCUGCAAUCGAGGGUAUGGGAGCAUUUUGAGAGGAAAGGCGAGAGCGCGCCAUUAAUGGCUGAUAAGCCUGGUGCGAAGAACAGUGGAGCGGAGGGCGUUGAGUACCCGACGAGAUUCUUUGCAAGGGACUUUGCGGGCAAUAGGUUGGAGUUUAGUGUGUGAGAUGUAGCUUUUGUGAAAGCAAAGGUUAGAUGAUGAUAUUUGUUGCAACGCCACAACAGUGCUAAAUCCCCACCCAUGCCUUUCUCUUAGCUGAAUACCAGGGGAACACAAUGUCGUCUCUUCCAUU